AUGAACUCUCGGGGAUUUUCUCCUUCAUCCUUCUUUUCUGAGGAGGUGUGUUUGUCUAAUGAGAGACAGGUUGGUGUAAGGAAGACAGACUUCAUGACUAGUUACUCUGAUCUAAAUCCAGUUGGAAUUCUAAGAACAGACGUUGUUGCUUCGUCACCUCUCGAAAGUCAAAUCCUAGUGGAUUCACAAAUGGCAAAGGGUUUUAUUCAUCCUGACUUUUAUCUCAAUCGUAGUCGAGAUGCUAAUUUGUUAGGGAAACAUAUUGUCGCAGCAGAAAGAGCCGCUAGUCAUUCCUUGCCAUGUGAUGUUGACCGUGAUCUAGGUUCUAGAACUAAUUUGAAUGUGGACUCUGGUUCAUAUUUUUUCAAUGCAGAUAAAGCAAAUUUGAUGGGCGCUCAGUAUGAAAAUGGUCUUUUUUCUAGUUCUCUGUCAGAUAUAUUUAAUAGAAAAUUAAAAAUAUCUCCAAAUAACGCUACAUAUAGUCAUGCUGCUGGUGGUGGUGGUGUUGCUGCUGCUGCUUUUCCCGUAAGUUAUGAGGAAGGAGAGGCUUUUGAGUCGCUUGAAGAACUUGAGGCUCAAACUAUUGGCAAUCUUCUCCCUGAUGAUGAUGACUUGCUUUCUGGCGUGACCGAUGGGUUUAAUAACUCCACUCGACCUGAUAAUGGGGAAUAUAUGGAAGAUCUAGACUUGUUUAGCAGUGUUGGAGGACUGGAACUUGGAGAGGAUGGCUUUUCUCAAAGGAAGUCUCAACUUAGUGAUGUAAAUUCUAGUAAUCAACCGGUAAUAUCUGGGAGUGCCAACGGCGGGGAACACCCUUAUGAUGAGCAACCCUCGAGAACACUCUUUGUUAGAAAUAUAAGUAGCACCAUUGAAGAUUCUGAGGUGCGAACAAUUUUUGAGCAAUUUGGAGAUAUCCGCACCUUGUACACUGCAUGCAAGCACAGGGGGUUUGUUAUUGUCUCCUAUUAUGAUUUAAGAGCAGCUCGUAAUGCAAUGAAAGCGCUCCAAAAUAAACCAUUAAGGCGUAGGAAGAUUGAUAUACAUUUCUCAAUUCCCAAGGAGAAUCCUUCAGAUAGAGACAUAAAUCAGGGCACUCUUAUGGUUUUCAACCUUGAUUCUUCUGUUUCAAACAAUGAACUCCGUGAGAUUUUUGGUGUCUAUGGCGAUAUCAAGGAGAUUCGUGAUUCUCCACAUAUGUUACACCACAAAUUUAUAGAGUUUUACGAUGUCCGAGCUGCAGAAUCUGCACUUUCUGCUCUGAACAGAAGUGAUAUUGCUGGAAAACAGAUUAAGCUUGAACCUGGCCAUCCAGGUGGCACCAAAAGAUUCAUGCAGCCUUGUUCUUCAGAGUUGGAACAGGAAGAGUGUGGUCUUCUUUUGCAACAGAACAACUCUACUAAUAACUUUGCAGCAGGGUUUUCUGGUAAUUUUCUUGUACAUUUAUUUGGGGGGAGUGCACCCACUACAGAUCAUGGAACAAUCCUUGGCCCUUUUUCAACGAAUGGAGGCCCUAUUAGUCGUCCGCUCCUGGAUAAUGUGCUGCACCCUGAGGUAUCUUCUAGUGUAAGUAACAGCUUACCAUCGCCAAUAAGAGUUGAACCUGGAAAUCAACUCAGUAUAACUGAGUCAAACCACUUACGGAGCCACCUGAAUUUUGAGCUCCAGGGGAAAGCAAAUCUUCAUCCUCAUUCACUUCCUGAAUAUCAUGAUGGUUUAGCAACUGGUCCUCCUUUUGGUUCUCCAAGCAACAUUGCAGCAAAUAUUGGUACCCGACCACCGGAAAUGAUUGAUAAACAGCAGUUUUGUAGAGUUGGCUCCAAUGGGCAGUCGAUUGACUUAAAGGAAGCUUUUGGUUCCUCUAAUGGGAGCUGUCCUCCUCUUGGGCGUCAUUACAUGUGGAGUAAUUCACAUCAUCCACAGCAGCCUCAGCCGAUUUUGUGGCCUAGUUCACCAUCAUUUGUUAAUGGGAUUGGUGCUGCAGCUCAUCCUCAACAGAUGCAUACAGUUUCAAGAGCUCCAUCUCAUAUGCUGAAUUCACUUCUGCCUCUAAAUAACCAUCAUGUUGGGUCAGCACCUUCUGUCAAUCCUUCACUCUGGGACAGACGACAUGCUUAUGCUGGGGAGUCACCUGAUGCUACUGUAUUUCACCCAGGUUCUCUCGGGAACAUGAGAUAUUCUGGUAAUUCUCCGCAUCCACUCGAGUUUGUACCUCAUAACAUUUUUCCUCGAGCUGGUGGAAAUUGUAUGGAUAUGCCAAUCGCUUCCAAAAAUAUUGGAUUACAUCCUCAUCAGCAGAGGUGCAUGAUUUUCCCUGCAAGAGGGCAAAUGCUUCCUAUGAUGGGUUCAUUUGAUUCUCCUAGCGAACGGGCUAGAAGCCGCAGGAAUGAAGGCAACUCGAGUCAAGCUGACAACAAGAAACAGUUUGAGCUUGACAUAGACAGAAUUGCACGGGGAGAAGAUAAGCGGACUACCCUUAUGUUAAAGAACAUUCCCAACAAGUACACCUCAAAGAUGCUUUUAGCUGCCAUUGACGAACGUCACAGAGGAACUUAUGAUUUUAUUUACUUACCUAUUGAUUUUAAGGCAACCUUAUGUAUUUCUUUUGUUUGUCAGAACAAAUGCAAUGUGGGCUACGCAUUUAUAAACAUGACAGAUCCUUCCCUCAUAGUUCCCUUUUAUCAGACAUUUAACGGAAAGAAAUGGGAAAAAUUCAACAGUGAAAAAGUAGCAUCUUUGGCUUAUGCUCGAAUACAGGGAAAGAAUGCCCUCAUUGCACACUUCCAGAAUUCAAGCUUGAUGAAUGAAGACAAGAGGUGCCGUCCUAUACUGUUCCAUACAGACGGUCCUAAUGCUGGCGAUCAGGUCAGGGAACAACUUUGA